AACAACAAAAAUCAAUUCGGCUCCUGUGACGUCACGCUGGGCUUCUGCAGUGCGGUAGCGCUCGUCGAUAAGUCGAGUGCAACAACCUCAGCUACUGUCGACCCUCUCGUAGGCCGGGUCGUCAGAUAUAUCUUCUGUUAAGAUCUGGUGUGGUCAACACGCGCCUUUCACAGAUAUGCCAGGUGAGGCAUGCCACGUGUUUAAAACGUUCUGCGUGCUACACCGGAAGAUCUGAGUUUUCAGGUAUGUAGAAGGCCGAGCUCUGUUGCAACAGCAUAACACAACUCCCUCUCUACUACAGCACAGUGUAUCCGGCUUUCGUCUGUUAUCUUGGGCUUAAAAAAAAAUAAGCAACAUGCCAGAGCAUAAAGCACAGAAAAAAAGAGGACGAACGUUGGACAUAAGCAUGGCUCCAGUAUACAACUUUCGUCAUGUCGAGAUCGACAAUAUUGGAAGGGGAAAAAGGAUCGUCACACCACCCAGUGGUAGAAACAGUGGCAUAUUCGACAGUACUGACUCCCCUCAAGAAGAUACGCCACGCAAAGUAAAGAAUUACAGCCAAUCCAACAUAUUCAGCCCCAUAACGAAUGGUCAUACUCCACUGGAACAUCGAAAAUCGAAGAAUUACAUGGAAUCUCGCAUAUUCGGAGAAAACAAUGGUUACGACACCCCCAAAAGGGAACACGGCAGUAGGACCCCGAGCGCCUGUUCCACCGACAGUUGCAACAGUAGCAAGUACAGUAACACACAGUACAGGCUGUUCGGUCCACCAGAAGGUUCGACCCCACGAAAAACCGUGGACAGAAUGAAGUCCAGCAUCUUUGAACCGUCCGAACAGAACCACUCUCCAUCUCCUCGAAAUUAUGUGAGACGAAACCCGAUAACGGGAGACAUAUAGAAGUAAUCGAUAAUGUCUGGAAUUUUAAAUUUCAGAUGAUGUAAGAAGAUGAUUUUCAACAAAACAAAAACAAAAAAUGAAGAUAAGUUUAAACUACUCUAAAAAAAAAAAACUAUGUUAGUCAAUAGGAGGAGGAAAGGAGAACAUUUUUUUAAUAGCACAGUAAUAUAGAGAAUAGAAGUGAUAAAUAUAAGUGAUAUAUUAAAAACAAACAAAAUAUUCUAUCUUAAAUUCAAUUUUCAAUAUAUAUUUUAUAACUGUAUCCACAAAUAUUGUUUGGGAUUAAGCUCAAUAUUUACAGUCUACAAUAAUAUCCUAAUAAUUAAUUAUAUAUGUAGAUGUUUAAAGAAAAAGAAAACCAUGUUUAAAACCCAUAAAAAUAUAAUUUUAAACAAAGAACAAAUCCUAUAUAAAAAAGCAUUUAUCUCUGUAAUUUGGUUUGUUUGGUGCUUUCAUAUUUUGAUCCAAGUUAGUGAAUUUUUUUUUUGUUUUUUUUUCUUUACGCUUUGCUCAUUUUUUACGAGUGGAAUAUUUUUUAAUGUAGCAUUUAAGGAAUUUUUCAUAUUUUGAGAGAUGUGCUCAAGUUUGUAAGCGUUCAAGCUAUUUCUUCCAAUAAAAUAUUCAUAAGGA